AUGGCUUUGCUCAUCAGCCUUGUGUUUUUGUCAAGUUGGACAACUGUAGCUUUUACAUUCCCUCACAAAGCUUUUGGCAGCGUCUUGAAAGGCUCGAGGGUCGAGUAUGAAUCAUCUGGCAGUGGACCAGAUGAACCUGUCCGCGGAAUAGUUAAGGUUGUACAGCUGGACCCACGUGCCCUGGACCAGUCAACGUUCUUCAGAAGGGGCAUGACCCCAAGAAGAUCCCCUUCCCUCAGCUCCAGAUCAUCCUUCCCUGCCUUUCUGUCUCAGGGACGCCCCGGUCCAGCCCUGGGCCCCAGGGCCCAUGUGAGUCCACUUCAGCACCUGCACCCUAAAAGCCCCAGUGAGCCUGAACUAAAGAAGAGACAAGGCCUGCAGAUGUGGCAGAGAGUUAUAGAUAAAGGAGACAAGAUGAACACGUUGCUGCCAGUCAACCUGAAGGACACCAAACAGACAUGCACUGCAGUACCUUUCAUUCAGCGUGUGACAGCAGAUGGAUGCCGUACAGUGACAGUGCACAACAGGCUGUGUUUUGGGCAGUGCAGCUCCCUGUUUGUCCCAUCUGAAGCGGAGUUUGCCGGGCUUGGUACUGCAACAGGGGCCCUUCACCGCCGGACCCCCUGCUCACGCUGCGCCCCAUCCAAAGCUCACACUGUCACUGUGCCUCUGCACUGCGGAGCUGAGAUGCGGGAGAGGCAAGUAAUGGUGGUAGAGGAGUGCAAGUGUGAGACAGGCCGUGAGGAAAGGAGUGCUGAGGCUGCAGCCUCUGCAGUCCUGUAACUGUUAUACAACAAUAACAAAAAUACAUUAAAGAAAUGGGGGAAGGUUACAUUUUUCAUUUGAAACUGAGGAUAGAAUAAUUCUCUUUACUUUGUAUAUAUUCUGAUAAUUAUUUUGCCCUUUGUAAUAUGAAGUUGACUGCGUAUCUGUAUUUGUGCACGAGUCUGAAUGAGAUAUUCAGAGUGAAAUAUUCCACCACUGAUUGUUGACACAAUGACCAAUAUUCUGGUCAUGCAAUUUUCUGUUGCCGUCCAUGUUCAAAACUCUGUUUAGAUGAAUCGAAACUGAAAUAUUGUGAUCUGUAUAUUGUCCUUAAAAUGUCCUAUUUGUCCACAUUCCUUUUGCUUCACAUCGCUAAUUGGUUUUCUGCCAACAUUGUUAAAUUUACAAGUGCAAUUUCGUUUGCAUGCAAAGCUCAAAUAAAAACAUGA